ACCCUUUGUAACGAGGAGUAUGGAUUCCUUCUUACCAACAACGAUUUCCAUAGUUUUUCUUGCGAUUCACACAGAAGCGGCGGGCGUGAUAUUAUUUUCGAAGACGAAUUUCACCGGGGAUCAGUGCAAUAUUUCAUUUCCGGGCUGUAAACCAGUUUGCGCAAAAGUGUUGGGCAGCAUAUUGUCACUGAAGGCACCCACAUAUCUAUGCAUGAAGUUCUACACCACGGCUGAUUGCAAAGGUGUACCUGCUACGUACAUAAGUGCAGAGAGAGUAUUGCCCUAUGCGGCUCCAGGCUGGAGGAAUAUGAGCGACACACCACACAUGAAGGCGAAAGCCAUCGGAGAUUGCAAACAAGAUAUAGGGAUUCCAGAUGAGUCGGUCGGUCUGUUUCCCAAUACGUAUUUCAAAGGAAAACCUUGCGUGGUUCCUAUCAAACAGAAAUGCCAAGCGGUGUGCGCGGAUAUGGCAGGGAAAUCAAAGUCGCUCAUCGUAAACGCGAAAUGUGCCACGCUUUACGCGUCGAAAGACUGCACGGGAGAGGCGAUAGACUAUAUCCGAGACGGACAGAAAGGGGUCGCUUUCCAAUAUUAUCCAGAUUGGAACCUUUGGGCCAACUACCCAAAAAUCUCCUCCAUCAGCAACUUCUGCGGUUAACGGAUGAGGGCAGAAUGGCAUUAUCACAAACCAACGUUCCGAAGGAUAGGUUUAGGAAAGUCGAAACGCCUUCAACUUUUGUGAAUGCAAUACGGACAUCGCUGCAGCUUUAAUACAGUGGAUAUCGGAUAUAACGACCUUGAAGGGACCAGCCAUAUUCGGUCGUUAUAGCCGAUAGUCGUUAUAACCGAUAGUGGAACUUUUACGCACGUACCCUAUGAUAAAGAGCUGAGAACAAGGCUGUGCUGUAGGUGGGAUUCCAGGGCCCGGUGAAUUUUGCUGCUGAUUCAUUAUCUCUUCAGUAACACCUUCGUUUAUUAGCUUUAUCUAAUUUUAUUUGAAUUGAAUAUUUAUUUAAUUCAUUUAUUUUUUUAUUUUUUUAUUCUAGGACUAAUUUUAAUGAAAACACUUUGUUUGAAUUUGUAAAAACAGGGUAUUUUAUAAUAUUGAGAUUACAUGCACUACACACUACAUUA